UUCACAUGCAAACCACCUCUCAGUACAGUUAGCUUCAAACAGUAUUUAGCUCGCAAUGAAAUUCCUAAAUGUGAACCAUACUUAAAACUGAAAUAUGUGCUAGAAUACUUUAAGAACAUCAUCUUUUACUAAGCUAUUUUCAUUAACCUAAGGAGUUUACCAGAAGGAUGGAUGUGUCAACUUGAAUAGCAGUUUGCAAAGGAGAUGCUUCAGAUAUUUUAGACGACAAGUCAGUAAACUUUGCUUACGCAGCUGGCUCCAUUCAUUCUCUGAAGCCAGUCACUUCCCCUGUGGUUGCUGAUAAGAAUUUUACAGCUUGAGAAGGUGGAGUGUCAGUAUCCUUAGUGCUAAACAUUUUCCCAGGCAUAUCAGUAACCUCUGUCCAACACCCAUGCUGGAAGCUGUUUGGAAAAGGAGAAAUAGAAAUUGGGGAAGGGAAAUCAUGCAUCAUCAUCAUCAUCCUGGCUGGGACAUACAGAAGACUUUAUGCUGCAUUCAUCAUGUGGAUUCACUGGAGAAAUGACCACCUUUGUUCAGCCAAGUAAAAUCAAAAACUUGUUUAUUUGCUGCCUGUGCUCCCCACGGGUGCUGAGGGUCUGGACUUGCAGGCGCCCAAAGGCAAGGAGGAAUCUGCUAGUGGGCACUGCAUGUGUGAUCUACCUGGGAUUCCUCGUCAGUCAAGUGGGUCACAUUUUGCCCCAGCACAAAGGAGGACACCAGAAGAUCAGUUCCAGAAGUCUCCAAGAUGCAGCCCAAACUCCUUUUCUGGGCAUCCCACUGGAUGGCACCCUGUCACCACCGAACUUCCAGGAACCCCAGUUUGGUAGCAAUGGGACCUUGCUGCCACCCAAUGUAGUUUAUAUCACCCUGAGGUCCAAGCGCAGCAAGCCUGCUAACAUCAGAGGCACGGUGAAGCCAAAGCGCAGGAAGAAACAUGCAACCCCUUUGUCCUAUGGGCAGCAUUUUCCAAAAGCUGCUUUUUUGGGCCAGGAAGAGGCCGCUGGCCAUCGGCCGGGGAGGGCCACGCAUGCUGUGGGCACAACGGGAGCAGCUCUGGGAGCAAGAAAGCGCCAGCUGGAUGAAUACAGGCAUAAAGGAACAGCGAUCAGGGAGAGGGGGCACCGCAGACCUGGGGGGAUUUCUGGAGCUAUAAAAAAGGCACAGCCCCAGCCUGAGGAAAGCAACAUCAGGAUUUACAGCGAGAGCUCUCCCCCAUGGCUGAGCAAAGAUGACAUCCUGCACAUGCGCACGCUGGCGGAUUCCCAGAUAAAGAAAAUCCAAGAAGUACCUUCUCGCAAAGCAGUCCUGGUAGUAUUUGCAAGAGGUCCCAGCACCACAGGAACUGCUUGUAAUCAGGGACACUGUGGCAUCGUCAAAAGACCCCUCGACAUGAGCGAGGUAUUUGCCUUUCAUUUGGAUAGGAUCUUGGGGCUAAACAGGAGCUUACCUUCUGUAAGCAGGAGAUUGGAGUUCUUCCAAGAUGGUCAAGCCUGUCCUGUUAUUCUCUGGGAUUCCUCACUGAUCCCAACAGAUAAUCGUACCCAUUCUUCAGUGAGAUUGACCUGGGGGCAGUAUCAGCAGCUAUUGAAGCAGAAGUGCUGGCAGAAUGGUAAAGUUCCUAAAGCCGACUGGGGCUGUACUGACAUCCAUCAUCACGAGUGGUCCAAGAUGGCACUCUUCGAUUUUCUUCUGCAGAUAUAUAAUCGACUAGACAGAAACUGCUGUGGAUUCAAACCUCUCAAGGAGGAUUCCUGCAUGCAGCAAGGACUGAAGUCGAAAUGUAGUGACCAGGACGCUGUUGACCUGACACACAUAGUUCAGAGAAGGCAUGACCGAAGGCACUUGACCUUUAUAGACAAUAAGGGUUUCUUUGACAGAAACGAGGACAAUCUUGACUUCAAAAUACUACAAGGAAUCAAUGAAUUCCCUCAAUCUGCAGUUUCAGUGCUGAAAAGCCAGCGUUUACGUGAGAAGCUGCUCCAGUCUUUGUUCCUUGACAAAAUAUACUGGGAGAGCCAAGGAGGCAGAAAAGGAAUUGAAAAGCUUAUUGAUGUAAUAGAAAGGAGGUCCAAAAUUCUUCUUACUUAUAUAAAUGCACAUGGAGCCAAAGUAUUGCCCAUGAAUGAAUGAAGCAGCCUUGUUUCUGUCUGAGAGACAGUCUUUAAAAAAAAUUGUAUGAGGCAAAACUGACAGUAAAAUUGAUUUAAUUCAUAGGGUUAUUUAAUUUUUAUUUUCUGCAAACUUUCAAGUUUAUUUUAAAAUAAGAAAUCUUACAUGGUUUAAAAGCAACAUUUGAAUGUCUGUUGCAGCUUAAGACAGUGCAGUCUCUUCUAUGUCACCGGUGAAAUGAAACGAAAAAUAACCAAAUGGUACAAUAAUGUAGUAAUAUGUAGGUACCAUAACUCCUUCUGUUAAACUGUUUGAAAAUUAGCAACAGGAUUUUCAGUACCUCAGGCUGGAUUACUCUUACUUCCCUCACUCAAGUCAGUAAAAGUUUUAUUGCAAAUUUAAAUAGGAAGAGAGAUUUGUAAGCACUUAAUACAUUGAUGAAAACUGUCAUUGCCAUCUACCUGAUGAAACAUAUCUAGUACAGGAAUUUGUCUUUUUGAUUAUGAGUACUAAAAUGCCAGCAUUUCCAAAGACUUAUUUUGUUUUAUUUUAUUUUGAUCUUUUGAAAUCUGCAGACUAAAUUCAGCCCUUUUAAAUGCAGGGGUGUUUGCACUGGACAUGAAGUAAAAACAGUGAGGUGAACAUGGCUUUAACAUUAAUAAUUAAUUUGACAAAUACAGUUUAUAACCUGUCCAGUAUGGAGUGCAAUUCAUCAUGAGUCACUUGUUACAAUGUACUGUUUUCAGUACAGGUUGUUUUGAUGUGUGGGUGGAUAAUCUGAUAUUUUCUGUCUAUUCCUUAAUGGGCCAUUACUUACUGAAUCAUCCUUUAUUAUCACUAUUUAAAAAAAAAGAAAUUCAGCUUUAGCAUUUUAUGCAUAUGCUGCUAAAGAAAUGUAUGUUUAAUUUUUGCAACAUUCCUGACAAGAAUUUUUUUAGAAUAUUAUCAAAAAGCAGACCUACUAAGGACAUGAAUGUUGUUAAACUCAGUACAGAAAAUGUUUGUGCUGUGUGCGUAGCCCCAGCCGGCAAUUCAGGCUCUGGUUUUCCAUUCGGAUUGACCCCUGCAGGGGCAAUACCCCAAGUAUUCCCACAGGUAAGGUUGUUGGAGAAGACUAGAUAAGUGCUUUGGAUUCUUAACCUUCACCUGCUCCAGAAAUAAAAUACCAGCUGAUAUAGUUUAUCAUGAUAUAUACCUUCUACCCAUCAGUUUAGAAAGACUCUUACCACCUUUCUAGAGAAGUAUCUAUUAUCUUGCUGCAAGGUAAUGACAGAAGUUGAAUACUUUCAUAGCUACUCUUGUCUUCAGGUAUAGUAUAGAAAUACAGGGUGUAUAAGAUUUUUACAUGUUUUUGAAAGUGCUUGUGUAAUGUAUUAAUGAGAAACUAAAAUGUUUCAUGUUGAUGUUAAUGUGGAUGGGUGGAUUUAACGUUUUAAAUAACUACAAUUCCACUGCAGCUAAACCAGAUUUUCUUUCUUGGUGUCAGAACAGCUGGUAACAAUAUUCUCAUUAGUAGAAGAAAUAGAUCUCAUUAUAAGCAGCGUUAAAGAUGCUUAGUAAAAUUUUAAGAGCUUGGCCAUCUAAAUAAUCUUUUAUUUUAUUCUGUCAUCAAAGGGCAGAUAAAUUUGUAAAAACUUCCUAAGACUUAGCUAUUGCCUUGAGAGGACACGUUUUAGAGUGCCUUGAAAUUUUUAAUAGCACCAAAGUGGAAUUUUAUGGGAUUUGCAUAUUAUCACUUUCUUAAAAUGUUGUGACUUGUUAGCCAAGUAAUUUCUAUCACAGAAACAAAAAUAUUACUGUAGUUUGCACUGUGAACAGAACCUAGAGAAGGAAAUAAUCCUCUGGAUCCAAUUCACAUGGAAUUCCUGUUGCAGUGAAUUUCACUCUUUGAUGACCAUUGCGAUCAAUUUGUCUCAUUUCCUAGCUGAUCUCACAGCUUUCUUCCUGGUAGAUCUGUUCAAAUGGAUUAGCACACACUGCUGGGAUUGAGAGAAAAGCAUGACUCUCAGCUGUGCUGAACUUGGUUCUGAGGGCCAAGUGGAGAUACAAGAGUGCACCUGAUCAUGAAGAAAAGUCCCAUGAGAACUCUAUCUUCUAAAUACUCCUCCUCUAUCUUUAGCCUGCACAUCCUGAUGCCGAGUCAUUGCCUCACAUUGCCCAGAUGUAUUUUUUCCCACAAUUGACUCAUUGCCCGAGAAAGAAAUCAGAAGUCAGGAUUUUUUUAUCUUUUUAAGUUAUGUCCUUUAUUUUUAUGGUGAUAACUCUAUGUGUUCUUUACCAUUUCUUCUGGACUUAACUAGUGUUUCCCUGAGCACUAUACGUGCUUUUUUUAUUUUCCUGGCAGUUCAGUGCCAGCUCUUAAAGCAGCAAUGUAAUUGCCAGCUAGUAAGUAGUUGCCCUGAAGCUGACCUGGAGCAAUGCCUCUCAGGAGUCCUGAGUUUGAGGUUUGAGUAGCCAUGACGCUGUGCAGUACUUAAAAAUUUGACCAAGCAUGAAAAGCUUAACUGUAAAGAAUAGACCUCCUGGGGACAAAUCCUGCAAAUGAAUGUCCCUUAGGAAAUGAAUGGUGUUUUUUACUAGACAGUUUUGGUGUCAGAGGCGUACAGAUCAAGUUGUCAUUAGAGCUAAUCUGCAGGGCAAAACAGUAUUUAGGUUUAUGUAGAAAGUACAAGGGAAAGAACAGGUGUGUCUCCCUGUGCUGUCCAGUACGGACCAGAGAGGCACAUAAAGGCACUGUCUUCUCAGAACUGCUGCAGGGACCAGCAAGUCCAGAGCAGACGGCCAAGGCAGACUGGGCUGUGCCAUUGCUGCACACAUCACACGUUCCAAGGGCAAAGGAGUACUUCUUUCUCUGAAAGUCUGAAUUUGUGCCUAGGGCAAGGCUGAGUGCAUCCUGCCGUCACCUUGCCACGGUGCCUGAGCAUUGCACUGAGCGCAGCUGGAGGCCUUGCUUUGUGUGCACUGCCAACAUGCCACAUCGCUUCUGCAUACAAACACGGUCCUAAGUCUUCGGGGAAGUCAGGAGAGGGUGUGCGAGACUGGGCAGUGGGGCAGCACUGUAAAUUGCUUCUAAGUCUCUAAUGGUGAUAGCAAACUUCAGAAAAUGCCUUUUCUCCAUAUCCUGUUGCUGUGGAGCUUGGUACUUGAACCCAGUAUUGUUAAUAAUGCAAAGUCUGAUUGCGAUAGUGCUUAUGAGUACACACCAGCCAAAUUCCAGAUUUUUUACAGAAAUGAAAAAUUCUGUACUUUUGGAGUGCAUUUGCAUAAAUGCUCCAGUAAAAAAACCAAAAGAAGCACUUUUCAGAGCUUGGUUAUUCACUGCUGUUACAUUGGAGGUAUCUGCUCUCCCUUCAGCAACAGGAGUAAGGUUUGUUGGGAGAGCAGUCGGUGUCCUUUUAAACAAGUGUGACAUUGGACUGACAUUCCUGCUGUAGCCUAAGUAAUAUUAACCAAGAGGAAGAAGCCUUACUCUACCUCUGGUGGAGACUGACAGAAAGCCAAGAAACUGCACUGUAGUCAUCUUUGCUGGGUUGUCUUCCAUUUAGGGGCAUAUGGGCUCAGGCAGAGGUUGAUGUCGCGCAUUGCUGGGAAGGGUGUAACCAGCGGCAACAGUCCAAAACCUGUGGGUGGGAAAAGACGAUUAUGUCAUUCUUGAGUCUGCCUGAAAGCCAGACCACAUGAAAUGGAAUUACUAAGAAAGUCAAGAGAGUUUGCUGAUUUCAUAACAUUGGAAGACAGAGCUUAAAAUAAGUAGCACAGGCACAGAUGCCUUAAAAUUCCUCGGAAGCCUGCCAGCAAGUCAAUAAUCUCAAAUGUUUCAGAAGCUGAGGACACAAAAACUUCUGUGGAGCACUGUGAGAGCAGUUUCCUUCUUUUUUUGUGUGUUUAUUCUAUAAUGCACUAUAUAAAAAAAAAAAGAUAAAUUCCAGUUUCAAACAAGCCAAUACAGAUUUAGGGUACAUUAAAGGACAACCUUCCAGUAGCAAUUCUGGGAACACUUUCAUGCAUGUGUGGGUAUGUGAACACAAACAUACAUGUAUAUGUAUAUAUACCUUGACUUGUUUCUGUAAAAUGGUCAGUUUGGCUAAUAAAGAGUUGUUUAUUCAA